UCUCAAAACUGACAGCCUGCCUUAGUGUACGCAUUAGCAGCCUGGCAGCGAUAUUUGAAAUCCCGAAGUUGCAAGGUAGAUAGCUGUUCAGCCGAAAACGUUGAGCCAAUGGCUAUCAGCAGUUGGAAAUUAUUGCAGCCCGUCUUCAGGGUGAACCAGCAAACCUAUCGAUACUUGUCGGGUAUACGGAAGAGAGAGACGAUGGCCCUUUCGCGAUCGAAACGUGCGAGGGGACCUGACCGCGGAAGUAGAAGGUCUAGUGCCACAGGAUUUCAAAAGAACGAAAUUCGUCUUUCGCCUGGAAAAGACUCGUACACAAAUGAAUUCAUCGUCACAGGUUCAAGCUUAUCCGCUGGAGUUUCCAAUGUUGGAUCAUCGCCUGUUGAUUUGCCUGGAACCAGAGCCCACGAGCUUCCCUUAUCAGGAACCAGAAGUGGAUUAGAAUGCAAGACAUGUUUAAAUCUUAUGCUUUUUGGCAAGAAGACAGCAAGUUCAAGAGCUGACCGAAAGGACUUCACUAAAACAAAAGAAUCGCUCUGUGGACUCUUAUUCAACUGUUAUGUAGUCUGCUUGUUCGUGUUCGGUUCAAAUGUUCCUUUACUAAGCUAGGGUUUACAAACCGUUUGUCCUUUAUAACUAGGUUCUUAGGAUCAGCGUUGUGAUUCCUUGAGGAAGGCGGGGGAACUUCCGUACGGAUAGGGUAUAAAGGGGAUAACCUAGUCCUGUAUGCCCUAGAUUUGCAGGGUAUGACAUUUGAGAUGUUACAGCCCGAAAACGUGCCGUUUUGGUUUAAAAUAAGUUGUCCUUUAUAAAAAAGAUCAGUCAUCGGGAAAUAUACCUUUAAACUUGCAAGGGAGAAGGAAAAUUGUUCUUAGAAACAUUUGAUGACCAGGAGAAAUUCAAUCAAGACUCGGUUAUCGAAGCAACACGAUGCGUAUGUUAAAGACAGCACUUUGUAUAUGUGUAAAUAGUUAAAGCCGGUAUGAUCGGUUUAUUAAAUAUAACAAUAUUCUAAUAUAUUCUCUAUUUCUCGCCGUCAAUAAAGAAUUGAAAGACGAAUA